GACAUAUUCAGUUUGUCUACGUGAUGGGUUUGUCGAAACUUAGUAUUUCAGAUGUUGACCUUAAAGGGAAGCGUGUUCUUAUUCGGUAAGAAUGAUUUUAGCUGAUUAACGUUAAAUGCUUUAUAGAGUUGAUUUCAACGUCCCUAUGAAAGAUGGGAAAGUUACUAACACUCAAAGGUAAUAGUCGGAGAUUAAAGUUACUUUGUACCAUUUUAGAAUCGCAGCUGCCAUACCAACUAUUAAAUAUGCUUUGGAUAAGGGGGCUAAGAGUGUCGUCUUAAUGUCCCAUUUAGGUCGGCCAGAUGGGCACAAAGUCGAUAAGUAUUCUCUAGAGCCUGUGUGCCCUGAAGUGUCCAAGUUGUUAGGCAAAGAAGUUACCUUCCUCAGUGAUUGUGUUGGACCUGAUGUAGUUAACGCGUGUGCUAACCCUGCUCCUGGGAGCGUUUUCUUGCUUGAAAAUCUACGCUUUCACGUUGAAGAGGAAGGAAAAGGUGUCUCACCAACCGGCGAAAAAACAAAAGCCACUGCUGAUCAAAUCAAGGCUUUCAGUGAAAGUCUGACAAAACUUGGUGACGUUUACGUCAAUGAUGCCUUCGGGACGGCACAUAGAGCUCAUGCUUCUAUGGUCGGCUGCCAACUACCACAAAAAGCCUGUGGAUUUCUCAUGAAUAAAGAACUGACAUAUUUUGCUAGAGCACUGGAAAAUCCAGAACGUCCUUUCCUAGCCAUUUUAGGAGGUGCCAAGGUUAGCGACAAGAUCCAGUUGAUCAAUAACAUGCUUGAUAAAGUUAAUGAAUUAAUCAUCGGUGGUGGGAUGGCGUAUACAUUUCUUAAGCAAAUACACAACAUACAUAUAGGAAAUAGUUUAUUUGAUGCACCGGGUGCAGAAAUCGUCCACAAAGUAAUGGAAACUGCAAAGGCUAAAAAUGUUGCAAUUCACUUACCUGUUGAUUUUGUAACUGCUGAUAAAUUUGCUGACGAUGCGAACACUGAAGUAAGAACUAUACAAUCUGGAAUUGCCGAUGGUUGGAUGGGAUUAGAUAUUGGUCCAAAAACAAUCGAAGAAUUCAGUAAGGUGAUUAGUCGUGCCAAAACUAUUGUUUGGAACGGUCCUAUGGGCGUUUUCGAAAUGGACAAGUUUUCAAAAGGAACGAAAGCAGCAAUGGAUGAAGUAGUCAAAGCUACUAAGAAUGGUGCUACAACUAUUAUUGGUGGUGGUGACACCGCAACAUGCUGCGCCAAAUGGGACACAGAAGAUAAAGUUAGUCAUGUCAGUACUGGUGGUGGUGCUAGUCUUGAACUUCUCGAAGGUAGGAAUGGCUACGGUCCAAUUAUUUGCAUUUAAUUUCUGUAUGACGGUGUGAUCGGCACGUUUAUGUUGUAUUUGACAUUGAUUUCUCUAAUCUGGAGCCAAACCUACCAUCUAGUAAUUUUUCUGCGUAGCAGAUAGUGCCUUGAAAUUAAACUUGGUUGUAUUAUAUAUACUGCAGCUGUGGAGUACAAGUUAUACUUAAGUUGUUUUAAUUCAAAUAUUCAAAAUUUCAUGUAUACAAGUAAUACAGUUUCAUACAAAAAUACUUAAGUUGAACGUUUUCAUUAACUUAAGAUACAGAUUCUACAACCAUAAAUCCUUAAAUAUUAUGUUAUAGAUGUUAGAGUUAGUUUAGUGCUUAAAGAUUUUGAAUUUCAACAAGUAGUUUCUAUGUUUAAGCCCCAUUCUGUUUUGGCAUUUAGAUAAUGUUACGUGCCUUAACACCAGGAGUAUUAUUAUUGUUGUAAAUGCAGUAGCCUGUAUAAGUCACGCUUAUAAGUUGGUCAGUUUUGCGCACUGAAAAUAAUUGCUUUGACGUUGAUUAUGGUUUAUAUGUGUCAUUGGUACAGUUAAAAAGUCGUGUAUAGAUGUCUCGAAAAACUCUUAUGAUAAUAAGUUGAAUCUUGGGGGAUUUAGCACAUACUGUGUUGCAUGGUUAUUAUAAUCAUAGUAGUAAUGACUACAGUAAUGUAUUAAUAGAUUUAAUACUGCAUAUACUGAAUAUAAGUUUAUUGAAAACAAAUAUUCAUUUUUUUACCAUUCACUUAGUUAGAUGUAUUUAUUUUCACCAAAGCAACUGUAAUUUCACACCACAUAACUGACUUCAAACAGUCGUAAAUCAAGAUGCAUUAGAUAACCGUUUCGUCCCAGCAUGGGACUCCUCAGCAGUGCAUAUCUACGAUUCCACCAGGGGUUGAGCUCACGGCAUACGUCAAAUGUUUUUUCUUCUGUAUUAUAAAUACGUUCUUGUUUUUCUGUUUUAGGUAAACAAUUGCCCGGAGUUGUUGCACUUACGGAUGCUCACUAAUGUGUUUGGUUAUAAUAUCCCUUAACUUCAUAUUUAAUUAUAAUUAGUGUUCUUACCUUCGAAUUUUCACACUUGUUCUCAGUUCUAUGAUUACUUGUUAUUGUUAUACAUCUGUUCUUGAUUUGAUGGAUAUUUUCUGUUUAAUUUCUGUACGUGUAGAUGUAUUUCUGCCAUAUGCGCAUUUGCUACCAAUAGAAAUUUCCUGU